AUGGCCGCUUCUAAGAACGAGACUCCCCGCACCGGGCUGGCAACCGGUCUCAACAAGGGCCACAAGACCACCGCCCGCGUCAGCAAGCCGCGUGUGAGCCGCACCAAGGGCCACCUUAGCAAGCGGACUUCUUUCGUCCGCGAGCUCGUCAAGGAGGUCGCUGGCCUUGCUCCCUAUGAGCGCCGCAUCAUCGAACUUCUCCGCAACAGCAAGGACAAGCGUGCCCGUAAGCUCGCCAAGAAGAAGCUGGGCACCUUCGGCCGUGCCAAGGCGAAGGUUGAGGACAUGAACCGUGUCAUCGCCGAGUCUCGCCGUGCCGGCCACUAA